CCGCCGUUCCGCCCUGAAAUACGGCGGUGGCCGCGGGCAGAGCAGCAGCUGUGGAGCUCUGCGGCCAUGCUCGUCCCCUCCGCGCCUCGCAGCCUCGCUGCCGCCGCCCCCGCCGGCAAGGCCAAGCUGACGCACCCUGGCAAGGCCAUCCUGGCGGGUGGCCUCGCUGGAGGCAUUGAGAUCUGCAUUACUUUCCCCACUGAGUAUGUAAAGACACAGCUGCAGCUGGAUGAGAAGGCCAACCCGCCCCGCUACAAGGGCAUUGGGGACUGUGUGAAGCAGACCGUCCGUGAUCAUGGUGUCCGGGGGCUGUACCGUGGUCUCAGCUCGUUGGUGUAUGGCUCUAUCCCCAAGGCUGCUGUCAGGUUUGGCAUGUUCGAGUUCCUCAGCAACCAGAUGAGGGAUGAGCAGGGCCGGCUGGACAGCACGCGGGGCCUUGUCUGUGGGCUGGGUGCUGGUGUGGCUGAAGCUGUGAUGGUGGUGUGCCCCAUGGAGACCAUCAAGGUGAAGUUCAUCCAUGACCAGUGCUCCUCCAAGCCGAAGUACCGUGGCUUCUUCCAUGGUGUCAGGGAGAUUGUUCGAGAGCAGGGGCUGAAGGGGACCUACCAGGGCCUAACUGCAACUGUCCUCAAGCAAGGAUCCAACCAGGCCAUCCGCUUUUUCGUCAUGACGUCCCUCAAGAACUGGUACAAAGGAGAUGAUCCCAACAAGGUCAUCAACCCCUUCGUCACAGGCGUGUUUGGAGCCCUUGCAGGAGCUGCGAGCGUCUUUGGCAACACACCCUUGGAUGUGGUUAAGACCAGGAUGCAGGGGCUGGAGGCACAUAAGUACAAGAGCACCUGGGACUGCGCAUACCAGAUCAUGAAAUACGAGGGUCCCCUGGCGUUUUACAAGGGCACCGUACCCCGCCUGGGCCGUGUCUGCCUUGAUGUGGCCAUCGUCUUUGUCAUCUAUGAUGAAGUGGUCAAGUUCCUCAACAAGGUCUGGAAAACAGACUGAGUGGCUCCACCAGUGCCGCCAGGCUGCAGCUGGAAAUUGAUGACCAAGUGUGGAGCUGCCGUCAGCGCGGCCAAGGGUCCAAGUCUACCAUACGCAUCCAUGGACCGGGAGCACCACUCAGUGCCUCUGUACACCUCGUGCCCUUUAUUUAUUGCAGUGAGCUGAGGAGCAGUAAUAUUAAUCAGUUGUGUGUGAAAAUGGCCCAGGGAGCAGGGCAGAGGCUGUUGCCUGUACCCCAGGCUGUGCCCCCAGACAAGGCUGCAGUUCUGGGGUGCUGAGCACUGCUGGUUCCUGACAUAACCCAGACCCUUAACUUUCCUUACAGUGGGGACAGUAUUUGGGUAAACCAGGUUUUCCACCCCCCGCCCCCCUACCCUUUGCAGUUCACAGUUGAGAUGUGUGCGAGAGACGGGGUGCAGAGGCACAGCCCGUCUCAGACUUGGCCCCUUGGCAUGUCCCCUUGGUGGGGGGCAACCUCCAACACAAAGCCCUUCUUUCACAUUCCCAUUCUGCCCUCUCAUUGCUCUUCAGGGCAGCCCUUGCUGCCCCUGUGGCUUUCAGACCCAGUACUAACACCCAUACUACUCCUGCCUUUGUGCCAAAACCCCCUUAAGGGGGGAGCAGAUGCAGAGCUGGAGCUUCCCCCCCCACACACACACACACAUUGUGUUGUAACAGCAUUAAUACUACUAGUUCAUGGGAGGGCAAAGGAAGAGGCUGGGAGCAAUUUUCUUUUGGCUUUCUUCUCUGAAGCCAGUGAGGGUUUUUUGUUUGUUUGUUUGUUGUUGUUUUUUUAAUUCUGUUUUACAGUCUCAAUUUGAAUAAAAUCAGUCUGGCUUUAG